CUCAAGUGAUCUGCCCACUUCGGCCUCCCAAACUGCUGGGAUUAUAGGCGUGAGCCACCACAGCUGGGCAGAUUAUUCAAUUUUAAGGUCUUAUGUGCCGCAUAACAUGAUUGCCUUUCUAAAAGAAUUAUUUAUUUAUUGAAGGCUGAAGCAAGAUUCUCUAGAAGUUCUUUUUUGUCCUUGAUAAAAUAUUUACUUUUCUUGUUUUAUCCUCCUACGAGAUCCCUUCUGUCCAUACCCACGACCUAGAUUGGUCUCUGGCCUUGAGCCUCAGCAGAGCAUGCUGGGUCCCAGGGCUCGUCCUCAAUGCACCACACGCAGCUGGCUCAGGAACUGGGACCUCUGUGUCUUGAACUGGGUGUGGAUGGUAGGGAGGGGGACAUGGAAAAGCAGGGGUACGAGGCUGAUGCUGGCAGCAAUGAAGACCUUGGUGAUUCGUGGAUCUUGGUAGAGACUGAGAGGGAGUGUAGAGGCGAAGAGAAACCAGAGCGUCAUUCCUGAUGGAGCCCCGUGUUACCCCUGGGCUCCUUUAGGGCACAAGAGUGCUGGGGCUGGACCAUCUCCAGAUUCCACCCUCUUCCUCCACAGCUGUGAGCAGAGCCCAGGCUGUCUGUCCCUCAGCAUCCCCUUAAUCUGUGGUACAAUCAUAGCCCCUGAAUGUUAGGGCUGGAGGCAACUCAGAGACCAUCCACCCACAGCCCUCAUUGCACAGAGGAGACAGAAACAAUGAGAUGAAGUGACUGGUACAAGAUUGCACCUUGGGCUGCAAAAUUCAUACCAAGUGAUCCAGGGAGGCCUUUGAGGCACUGCAUUCCCAAAACGCCUUCUAAAUAGCCAGCCAGAGUUACAGAGUGGUGCUCAGAACAGGUUGCAGACGUUUAUUGAAUUCCAUGUGAUUUAAGUGCGGUUGGUGGGCAGCCCACACUGCCGCCGUGCACUGCGUGAGGACCCUGUGUGAAGGGGGCUUGUGGUAACGGAGCAGCUGGGCCUGGCCCAGGUGGAUUCAGAGUCUCCCCUCACUCGGAGAAGCCUGCGCCUUGGAAAGAAUUCAACUCCUUGGCCUGACUUUUGUGAGGGAAAUGUUUGGAGCGUUUUAUAGGUCUCCAUGGCUGUGGUGUUUUAUGAUGUUGAACCCAAUAAAACUCGUCAUGACACAGGAUCUGCCAAGGGGAUCGGACCUUCCCUUUUGGCACAAGGAACCAUUCUGUUUCGGUAUCUCAGGAAAUGAGCAGAGGAAAAUCCUUGUUAUUUCAAGUGAACAGGGUCUGGGCAAGGCCUCUAUCCCUGGUCACCUUGACCAUGCGCUACCUGUCGCGGAGUCUAAUGGUUGCUCCAAUUCAGCCGAAAGACACGACUCAGUAGAUAGAGCCUUGAUCUGUCCACGGGGUGCUCCUGUCUGCUGCCCCAGCAAAUGCGAGAAAACCCGCUUGUCCUUUAUGAGAGGGGCAGUGGUAUCUUAGUCCCAUCCUAAAGGCAGAAGGAUGCUAAACACGGGGACGAGCGUGUCUGGGGGCUACAGGCAAGAGCCCCGCAAUGGCCUCCCCGAGGGAUCUGAGGCCCAGCAGGUCAUCCCAGGUCUCAGAAGCCUUGUAAGAGCAGAGUGGAGGAUCCAUCUUGCACGCUGAGCUCUGAGCAGUGAGGGGAACAGCUGGGAGAGAGGCUGGGGUGCAAGUGACACUGUGCAGAGAUGCUGCUCCCGGCCACAGCUGCCACUGUGGGCCUUCUGCAUCCACCCAGCCCCUGUGACUGCACUGCCCCCACCUCUGGGCUUGAGUACCCAGAGCCUGCUCUUUGGACCCAUCCUGGCAAGUUGCUGAUGGAUAUGCCUAUGCAGCAGGGCCACUGCAGGCUUAGGAGGGCUCCAUUUCAGCCCUGGCUGUGCAUCAUAACGAGGCUGAGGGGUAAAAAAUACAGAUUCCUGGCCCUGUUUCAGACUUUCUGUAUCAUAUGCAGGAGCCCCGGAAGCUGUUACAGUCCCAGAUCAUUUCUGAUCCAACCCACCAGCCACCUCUACCUGCUCAAAUCUAGGACUUGCUGACCUCAGCCCCCUCCCCUUCCUGGGGAGCUCCCACUCCAGGGUCGAUGCACACACAUCACUUUCACCACCUCUGGAGUCCUCCCCCUCCCCCUACAUCCUCCAACAAGCUGCUCCUCUGGGAUUCCUUGCCCUAGUCUCUCCACAGGGGCCAGCAGUCACUGCAAACACCCAGUCGCAAUGUACCAAGAACUUUCAGGGUUUUGCCCUUUUUUGCUGGUCGGUGCCAUGAGAUGGAAGCUCUCGAGUGGGGUGUGCUGUCCCCUGGGCUGGGUGGAGGUGGCCAUAGCACAGAAGAAGAUGGAUCCUGGAAGUCCAGGCGGCCUGGGCUUGCAUCCUCCCUGCCCCACUCCCGGCUGAGGGACCUUGAGCAAGCUUGACCUCCGUCAGCCUUUGUUUCUUUACCUGUAGAGUGGAGGCCUGGAAGCUGGCCUCCUGGGAGGCUUUGAGAAUGAACAGGAGAUGAGAGGUAGUGCCAGGGGUCAGGCAUGUCAGUGACUCCACCUGAGUCCUCAGAGCUUGGGGGAGUGUCUGGGACAAAGUAAGCAGCCGGCGCACGGGGGUCCUCCCUGCUCCCCUUCAAUUGCUUGUGUCUCUCUGGGGCAUCUUUUACUGUCUUUGGCUUCUUCGUUUGCUGCUGCCCUCAUCUGGGUGCCCGCCUCUAUUUCCCCCUUCCUUCCAUUUUCUUUAACUGCAUCGUUUUUCUGUCUUUAUAGGCCAGUCGCUUACCUCCUUAAUUUUCAGACUUUUGUCUUCUCUAAUAUCGUAUCAGCGCUUAAAAUGCAAUUUUCCCCGCCACUGUAGUGCUUCAUGUCAUAUGCGGCGUGCUGCAUGCGGGGACGGCCCAGAGCAGCUUCCUGCAGUCUGUGUUCUUCAGAAUACUGGCUUCAAACAGGAAAUCAAACAGGGAAUUGCUUUAGUUGUUUGUGGAAUUGAGUGGGCUCCUGCUGGCAUUUUAAAAACAAAAUCAUAUAGAAUAGAGAAUACCCAGGGGCAUUGCCUGUAGGAAAGACUUUGGGAGGCUUUUGUCUCCUGGUGUGGAGAUGCAUGUGCACUCGCGUGUCUGGGAUGUCAGGAACUGUAGAUGGAAUGAAGAUUCAUGCCCAGAUGAACUGAUAAGCAGAUCGUGGCCUGUACAUUCCAUGGAAUAUCAUUCGGCCUUUGAAAGGAAGGAAAUUCCUUCACAUACUGCCACAUGGAUGAACCCCGAAGACAUGACGCUAAGAGGAAAGAGUCAGACACAAAGGAGAAACACUGCAAUUCCAUUUAAAUGAGUCCCUAGAGUAGUCCCAUUCGGAAACAGAAAGCAGAAUGGGGGUGCCAGGGCCUGAUGUCUUUCUCACUGUAACAAAGAACAGAAAGCCCAACAGACACUGUGGUGGACGCUCUCAGACCACACUGCACCGUGGGGACUUCACAGCCCCUGAGUCCUGCACUUGGGGGGUGGGUCUCACGACUGCCCUUCCCCCUUGCGGUGCAAAAGUUCAGAAGGGCGGUGGUUGCCCUAUCGCUGUCUCUCCCAGAGGAUCUUUUUGACCUCCUCAAGGAACAUGUAUUAAUGAUCUAUUGAGAGAAAGACAAUCUAGUAGGUCCUGUGCAUUUUCUGUCUUCUCCCAUUUUCCCAAGAACUAUAUUUGUUAUAGCAGCCCUAUUAAACUAACUGCCCAACCCAGCCCCCAGCCCCUGAUGCCUGUUACUCUACCAUCUGUGUCGAUGAAUAGGGCUACUUUAGGGACUUCAUUUAGGUGGAAUCAUACAGUGUUUGUCCUUUUGUGUCUGGCUUAUUUCACUCAGCACAAUGCCUUCAAGGCUUACCCAUGUUGUAGCAUGGCCAGAAUUUCCUUCCUUUGUAAGGCUGAAUUCCACCGUACAUACAGACCACAUUGGGCUUGUCCAUUCAUCUGUCCACGGACACUGGCUGCUGCCACAUUUUCACCACGGAGCAACACUGUUGUGGGCAUGAGGGUACAAAUACCUGCUCAAGUCCCUGCUUUCUGUCAUUUUGGGUACAUACCCAGAAGUGGCAUUGCUGGAUCAUAUGGUAAUUCUAUGUUUAAUUUGUCGUGGAGACUCCAUACAGGACUUUGGAUUUUCCUCCGAAUGUGAUGGGUGACACUGGGUAGUUCUGAGUAGGGAAGUGACAUGAUGGGACCUAACGUUUUGAUAGGGUCAGAGUGAGCUGCCUUUGGGAAUAGGCAGGUGGGACGACAGGGAAGAGGAGAGCAGGGAGGAGUUGCUGUGUGUAUCCUGGAGAGAGUGAAGGUGGCUUAGACCCGACUCUCGGCCGAGGCAGAGAGAUGUCCGUUCCUGGCUGCCUAUGGAUGGGAGAGCCAACAGAUAUCGGGGUUGCAUGUGGAUUUGUAUGUGCAGAAUAGGAGAGAAAGAGCAUGAGGAAGAGAAGAUGGAGCUGCCAUUCACAGGGAUGGAACUUGACCAGGAACUCAGCUCUGGCCAUUUUAAGUCUGAGACAUUUAUUAGAAGUCCAAGUGGCCACAUCACUUGGUGACAUUGUCAGCUGGUUCCCUGACUUCUACCAGCCACUUUCCCUGGCCUCUUUUCUGCAUGAGCCUCCCAGCUGCCAGGCACGUCUAGAUGCUCCAGAUGCUUUCAGGUUCCCAGAGCCUCCUGCUGUGGUAGCUCAAGACUUCCUCCCUGGCCUCAUCUGCUUUCCCCUUGAUGUUUGAGAGAGAGCUUUUCUUAGGUGUGUGGGAGGAAACAGCAUGUUGGUGGUGAGGGGGGGCGCCAGGAGACAGCCACCCAGCCCUUGACAAGACAGGGUAUGGGUUCAGCUCCCGAAGACCCUCUUGCCUUCCCAGCCAAGCCAGAGACUUGCAGGCUGCUGAACGCACCCAAGGCAGCACCCAUGGUACAGCCCUGGUGUUGUGGGCAAAGCUCUUGGUCCUGCCGCAGGGAGAAAGUCUAUGCUCCAAGGCCCCGAUAGCUUGCACCUGAGUCAAGGGUCACCUUUCAGAGCUGAGAUUGACUGAACCUGAGUCAAGGGUCACCUUUCAGAGCUGAGAUUGACUUCUGGAAAGCCAGAGAAGUGCAUUUUCCCAUAGCAUUGAGAGCACCCCAGCCCUGUGCCCACCAAGGGAGGGAAGGGGGCUUCUAGAGGCAACAUCAGAGCAAGAUGUGAGCUGGUUUUGCUUCAACGUCACUGUCAGGGCCUGCCACAGAUGCCGGCACUCAGAGCUCACUCUGCAGAGGAGGGAACCGAGGCUGGGAGGGGUGAGAGAGCGUGCAGGGUACAUGGUGGGUGAAUAAGUGAGUCAGGCCCAGUUCUCCUGGGUCCCAGGUGUGCUGGCAGCCUGCACAGAGUGGCCUUGGCUUGGGGGUCUUUCCUCACAAAGCAUGGACCCUCAGAAUCAGACACCAGCUGAGACGAAGGCCCAGCGGGAUUGCUUUUUAGACAGUGCAUCCUGUUAGAGCUUAGGCUUCCCAUAGCGAACAUGCACUUUCGUGUGAGUUUUUGCAAUGCAUUCAAUUUUUUAGAAAACUUCCCUGUAGAUGCCCGCCAGAUACUGGGUUCUGAUUCUGAACACAGACACCCCACUGUGGGUGGAUUGGGAGGGGCAGAAGAUUUUAAUCUUUGGGAGGAUUGAGGGGUGUCUCACUCCCCCGCACCUCUGAAGGUCGCUGUCACCCUGUUGCUGGCAUCUCAGCAUUUCCAUCCACUUCUCCGUUUCCACUAACAACGCUCUUGCCCUGCUACGGCCACCUCUCACCGGUCUCCCGCGGUGGCCUCCCGUCUAGUGUCCUGCUUCACCGGCACCCCACAAUCUCCUCCAGACAACAGCUGCAGUGAUCCCUUUAAAGGAUGGGGCUAGUGAGCAGCAAAAAACCGGACAAGGAAAAGCCGAUCAAGGAGAAGGACAAGGGCCAAUGGAGCCCCCUGAAGGUCAGCGCCCAAGACAAGGACCCCCCGCCACUGCCGCCCCUGGUUGUCUUCAACCACCUUACUCCUCCACCGCCCAGUGAACACCUGGAAGAAGACGAGCAUUUCGUGGUAGCCCUGUAUGACUACGCUGCCAUGAAUGACCGGGACCUGCAGAUGCUGAAGGGGGAGAAGCUACAGGUCCUGAAGGGAACUGGAGACUGGUGGCUGGCCAAGUCGCUUGUCACAGGAAGAGAAGGCUACGUGCCCAGCAACUUUGUGGCCCGAGUGGAGAGCCUGGAAGUGGAAAGGUGGUUCUUUAGAUCACUGAGCCGGAAGGAGGCCGAGAGGCAGCUUCUGGCUCCAGUCAACAAGACCGGCUCCUUUCUUAUCAGAGAGAGUGAAACCAACAAAGGUGCCUUCUCCCUGUCUGUGAAGGACGUCACCACCCAGGGGGAGCUGAUCAAGCACUAUAAGAUCCGCUCCCUGGACGAAGGGGGUUACUACAUCUCCCCCCGGAUCACCUUCCCCUCGCUCCAGGCCCUGGUGCAGCACUAUUCUAAGAAGGGGGAUGGUCUAUGCCAGAGGCUGACCCUGCCCUGUGUGAGCCUGGCCCCACAGAACCCCUGGGCCCAGGAUGAAUGGGAAAUUCCCCGGCAGUCUCUCAGGCUGGUCAGGAAACUCGGGUCUGGACAAUUUGGCGAAGUCUGGAUGGGUUACUACAAAAACAACAUGAAGGUGGCCAUUAAGACGCUGAAGGAGGGAACCAUGUCUCCAGAAGCCUUCCUGGGUGAGGCCAACGUGAUGAAGGCCCUGCAGCAUGAGCGGCUGGUCCGACUCUACGCCGUGGUCACUAAGGAGCCCAUCUACAUUGUCACCGAGUACAUGGCCAGAGGAUGCCUGCUGGAUUUCCUGAAGACGGAUGAAGGCAGCAGAUUGUCACUCCCAAGGCUGAUUGACAUGUCAGCCCAGAUUGCCGAAGGGAUGGCUUACAUCGAGCACAUGAAUUCCAUCCACCGCGACCUGCGGGCGGCCAACAUUCUGGUAUCCGAGGCCUUGUGCUGCAAAAUUGCUGAUUUUGGCUUGGCUCGAAUCAUCGACAGUGAAUACACGGCCCAAGAGGGGGCCAAGUUCCCCAUCAAGUGGACAGCCCCGGAAGCCAUCCACUUCGGGGUCUUCACCAUCAAAGCAGACGUGUGGUCGUUUGGAGUCCUCCUGAUGGAAGUUGUCACUUAUGGGCGGGUACCAUACCCAGGUGGGCGGCUCACCCCGCAGCUCUCCCGGCUCCCUGCUUUCCCGGCCGGCCCUGGCGGCAGGUCGCCUGUCCUUGGUGCCUGUGGCUGCCCCCUUCUUUUCAGAGUGAGUCCCAGGGCAAGGACGGAGACCCAGGCAUGGAAUCUGGGGUGGAGCUCUGCCCUCUGCAUCACUAUUGCUCUGGGCCGCAGGGCUGCAUCGCCUUCCUCCAGCAGAGGUCAGAUGAGUCCCACAAACUGGAAUCAAGACAAAGGCACAUCUGAACUCAAGUUUACUCCCAAUGGCUUGUUCUCAGCUGAGGACAGGUUGUGCCCACCGUGGCAUUGCACCCAUAGCGGAUCCCCAAAGCCCCAUUCUGUGUGAGCAGAGUCGUGGCCGCCAGCCCCCAGCCCCAGUCGAAGGGCUCCGGCCGCUUGGCCCCUGCAGUUGGGCAGGCUCCGGGUCACCUGCUGCUGUGUGCACCUGGCAGCUGCCCAUGAGUGAUGGGCUUGGCUGUGCCCCUGGUGGUCACAGGUAAUCAAGAGGGGGAGGGUCCCAUCUGCAGAGGACCUGCCCCUGCACUCAGGAGAAAAUCGACAGCCUCAUUUCUAGGCGUUCCCCAGGAAAUAAAAAGUAAAUAAAGGGCUGUUUAGAGGCUGGGCGGCCGGGCAACCCACGAAGCUGGAGAGGCGGUCGGGGCCUGUAGGUACUGCUGUCCCCUGCCUGGGCCCACUGUGCCCCGCGGGCCGCUCGGGUCGCCCCACCACCAAGGACCCCCGCCCCUCACCCCCGCUCGCGGUCCCCUCUGCCGCAGGGAUGAGCAACCCCGAGGUCAUCCGCAACCUGGAGCGCGGCUACCGCAUGCCGCGCCCCGAAACUUGCCCGCCCGAGCUGUACCGCGGCGUCAUCGCCGAGUGCUGGCGCAGCCGGCCCGAGGAGCGGCCCACCUUCGAGUUCCUGCAGUCGGUGCUGGAGGACUUCUACACGGCCACCGAGCGGCAGUACGAGCUGCAGCCCUAGCCAGCCGCGCCCGCCUGUGCCCCGUGCUCACCUCUGCGCGGACGACCCCGACUCCCGUGCCAGCCCAGACGGGCCGCGAAGGCGAGGAGGUCGGCUGUGCCCAUUUCUCAGACCCGGAAGCCAGCGGGCAGAGGCAGCU